UCGCUCUGCCUCAUCAUACGUCUCCUUCAGGAAGGAGGGUUAUUUUGUCAGCGUCCAGAUAAGAACGCGCAUAGUCCUCAGAAGACGUACAGUUUAGUCAGUCAUCAUGGAUUAAAAAUCACCUGUAGCGCUUCCCCAGCUGUUUGGACAUCAUUCCUGAACCGGAGGUACGACCCUGACCCACGCGAUUGUCUAGGAGGUCCUGUUCCUCAGCUGGACUCGCCGUCUGCCAUGAAAAAGAAUGAGAGGUACAGCCCUGUCCCCAGCAGCGACAAAGAGGUGGAUAUCAUCGAUAUCAAAGGCAUCGAAGAUAUCGGAUAUGUCCAGCCAGAUGCCAUUCUGCUGAACUCCCUGACCCCCGAGGAGAACACGAGAUGCCGCCACGGCCUCUACUUCCAGGACGGCCAGCGGCGCGUGGACUACAUCCUCACGUACCACAUCAAGAAGCCCAGCAGCUCGCGCUCCCGCCGCUCCUCACGCCUCACCGACACGCCUUCACCCGCAGCCUGCGCCGCGGACGGACGCAGCCUCCGCCACCCCCCCCCGCCACCGUCGCCGCCGGCGGCCAAGGGAGACCCUGAGGCGGGGGGAGCAGCCAACCACAGCCUGGACUACCACGAGGACGACAAGCGCCUGCACCGCGAGGAGUUCGAGUGCAACCUGAGGGAGAUGGGACUGGAGCUGGAAAACGAUGAAGAUACAAAAACUCACGGCGUGGGCUUUGUGAAGAUCCAUGCUCCCUGGAACGUGCUUUGCCGAGAGGCAGAAUUCAUGAAGCUGAAGAUGCCCACUAAAAAGGUUUAUGAGGUGAAGCAGAGCAGUAGUGUCGUGGAGAAGAUCAACACGUUUAUCCACAAAGUCACAGACCCACUCCACCCCAACGUGGAGGAGAACAGGGCCCAGAAAGUCAAGCACCUUUCGUAUCCCUUCUCCAGAGAAAAGCAGCACCUGUUUGACCUGUCAGACAAGGAUUCCUUUUUUGAUAGUAAAACUAGAAGUUCAAUAGUAUUUGAAGUCUUGAAACGCACCAAAUGCACUAAAGCCAAAUAUAGCAUGGGGAUAACCAGUCUGCUGGCGAGUGGGGUUUACAUGGCUGCCUAUCCCUUACAUGAUGGAGAUAUAGAUGGAGAGAAUGUGGAGCCCAAUGAUAGGAAGCUUCUGUACGAAGAGUGGGCGAGCUACAGUGUCUUCUACAAAUACCAGCCCAUAGGCCUGGUCAGGAAGUACUUUGGUGAGAAGAUUGGCCUGUAUUUCGCAUGGCUGGGAGUCUACACCCAGAUGCUCAUCCCGGCCUCACUCGUCGGGGUCAUCGUGUUUCUGUACGGAUGUGUGACGGUGGACGACGACAUUCCCAGCAUGGAGAUCUGUGAUGACAGGGAGAACAUCAUCAUGUGCCCCAUGUGUGACCGCGUGUGCAGCUACUGGAACCUGAGCACGGCCUGCAGCACCGCACGGGCCAGCCAUCUGUUCGACAACCCCGCCACCGUCUUCUUCUCUAUCUUCAUGGCCCUGUGGGCCGCCAUGUUCAUGGAGCACUGGAAGAGAAGGCAGAUGCGCCUCAACUACGAGUGGGAUCUGACAGGGUACGAGGAUGAAGAGGAAGCGCUAAAGGACCACCCACGAGCUGAGUACGAGUCCCGAGUCAUGCAGAAGUCAAAGAAGAGAGAGCUCAAGUCACAAAAGAAGCCAUCAGAGAUAAGAGCGGAACCCAGAAACAAAUGGAAGCAAACUGUUCAAACUGCAAUGGCUGGCCUUAAACUGACUGAGAAAGAGAAGCUGACGUGUAGAGACAGAUUUCCAGCUUACAUGACCAAUAUAGUCAUGAUGCUUUUAAUGAUUGGGGUGACAUUUGCUAUUGUGUUUGGAGUCAUCCUGUACAGGAUAUCCACCAAAGCCGCACUGCACAUGAGCUCGAACCCCACCACGCGCUCCAACGUCCGGUUGACGGUGAAGGCCACCGCCGCCAUCAUUAACCUGGUGGUCAUCCUCAUCCUGGAUGAGGUGUAUGGGGCCGUGGCUCGAUGGCUCACUGUGCUCGAGGUGCCUAAAACCGACAAGAGCUUUGAGGAGAGACUGAUCUUCAAGACCUUCAUCCUCAAGUUUGUGAAUGCAUUCACGCCCAUCAUAUACAUCGCCUUCUUCAGAGGCAGAUUGGUUGGACGCCCAGGAAGUUAUGUGUACGUUUUUGAGUCGUACCGAAUGGAAGAGUGUGACCAUGGAGGAUGUUUGAUGGAGCUGUGCAUUCAACUCAGUAUUACCAUGCUUGGCAAACAGCUUAUUCAGAACAACCUGUUUGAAAUUGGUGUCCCCAAGCUGAAGAAGCUGAUAAGGUACAUCAAGUCCAAGCGGGGCUCCUUUCAGGAAGAGGAGCGUGAGAAGAAGCUGCAGCGCUACGAAACUGACCACUUCCUGGACCCAUUCGCCGGCCUCACGCCAGAGUACAUGGAGAUGAUCAUCCAGUUUGGUUUUGUCACCUUGUUUGUGGCUUCCUUCCCUCUGGCACCACUCUUUGCCCUACUCAACAACAUCAUUGAGAUCCGUCUGGACGCCAAGAAGUUUGUGGCUGAACUCAGGAGGCCCGUGGCAGCCAGAGCGAAGGACAUCGGGAUCUGGUACAAUCUUCUCAGAGGUGUGGCCAAAGUUGCAGUAAUUGUGAACGCGUUUGUCAUCUCCUUCACGUCUGACUUCAUCCCGCGGCUGGUCUACCAGUACAUGUACAGCAGCAACGGUUCCAUGCAUGGCUUCGUCAACCACACGCUGUCCUACUUCAACGUCUCCCACUUCCAGAACGGCACGGGACCCAUGAACCCUCUGUACCUUGGCUACCGCGUGGACAUGUGCAGGUAUAAGGACUAUAGGGAGCCACCAUGGGCUCAGGCACCAUAUGACAUCUCCAAAGAAUUCUGGGCAGUGCUGGCUGCUCGUCUGGCCUUCGUCAUUGUCUUCCAGAAUGUGGUGAUGCUGAUGAGUGACAUUGUGGACUGGGUGAUCCCUGACAUCCCCAAAGACAUCAGCGUGCAGAUCCACAAGGAGAAGAUCCUGCUAGUGGACCUGUUCAUGAAGGAGGAGCAGGGCAAGCUGCAGGUGCUGGACAGCAUGCUCUCCCAUGCAGGCAAAGACAACAGCAACGCCAACAACCACAGCCCAGUGGCCCGCUCACGCUCCACCCCCCACGCACACACCAACAACUACUAACGUCCAGCCACCUACGUGUGUGUGUAUGUGUGUGUGUGUGUGUGUGUGUGUGUAUGUGUGUGUGUUUGUGUGUUUGUUUGGUGUGUGUCUUUUCCUUUGAGUGUGUGUGUGUGUGUGUGUGUGUGUAGGUGUCCUUAUUCUUGCCAUGACAUUCCACAGUGUCCCUUACACACGCGUGGCUUAAGGGCCUAAACUGAGGCCCAAUCUCCAAAGUGUGCAGUCCCAUGUCUGCCAAGCCUUUCAGCCACAGACUGCCCUGCCAGCCAGCAAGGCCUUGAGUUGCUGUUGCAGCUCACUGACCUCGCUCAGCUGCGGCGGACCAUGCGUUGAACCCAGAUGAUGGGUGGGACGGGGUUUGUACAUAUUAACUUCUAAUGCAUUAUAUUAUGUUCAGAACAGAAACGCCAACUUUUUAAACAUACAUUACUUUUCAUCUGCUUGUAGAAGUGUUUUUUAACAUUUGCCUGCAGUACUCUUUAAGCAGUCAGAUAACACAGUUACCAAUCAUAUACCUCCAAUAAUCAUGGGUAUGUAUAACCUUCUUACAAACCAAGUUUCAUUUUUAUUUAGUAAGGUUUUUAUUCUCUUGAAAUGGACAUUUGCGACUGUUCCCAUUCAACACAGUUUGAAGUGAAUGGGCACUGCACAUAUCAAGCAAGAAGCCUUACCAACCAGUGUCAAAUAUCAACUCUGAUUCAGCACAGAUAUGGUGCAGACAUGUGGAAAGACUGAUGUCCUAAAGGGCUGUGAUUGUAGAAGAUCCUUCACAGUUCCAUUCCUUAAAGUUGAAUGUUAAGGUUAAAGCUUAAUCUUUUACAAACAGUAAACUGGGUUGUUGGUGAGCAGCAGCAGAGUCAGAUUCACCAUACAUAGCUUAGCACUACUUUCAGCAAGUCGUACAGUCACAGUUGUGAGAUAUACUACUGGCUGACAACUGUUAGGCAACACAAACAUUUCAUCAUUCCAACUUGCUGUCAGUUGAGAUUUUACUGAUGUUUUUCCCAACAUCUUUACCUUUCUUCCCAUUUUUGUCUGGCUCUCAAAGGCUUGAGAUGUAUUCGUGCAGACAUCAUUUAACUCCCCAUGUGAACAUGCACUGGGAGCAAAGGAUUCCAGUUCUUGCUAAGAUCUUGAUAACAAACCAUUAGUAUGUGGAAAUGCUAAGAGAAAAAGUGUGACUGUUUCUUAUUGUGUCCAAGUUGUACUUGUCAUACUUCUCGAAUUUCUUUUAAUGGUAGAUCAUAACAUUACUGUGUACAUUACAUUGUACCGUGUAUGGAAUUUAUCAUUAGGAAUAUUUUUUUAACUGUACUCAUUUUACUGUGCAUUUGAACACUUAUUGGCUUUACGUUCAUUAAGCUCAUACAUUAUAUCUAACAUGAAGGUACGGUAACGUAAUUACUGUAGCAGAUGCUUUUGUUCAAAGCAUCUUACAAGCAUUGAACCUGGGUCAACAGUUUGGAGAGCAGUGAUAACCACAGUACCACCAACACCACUUCAUCCCUAGCAUCCUGCGUAUGAGUUUAUGUGGCCACAACAGCUUCUGUCAUAUUACAAUAUUUCUUAUCAAGAGACAAAGUACAGUACUUUUUUCUUGUUGUUCCUUCUGUGUUUUGUUAGUGUAUUUAUAAGAUGUGUAACUCACUGGAGCAAGAAGAGUUGUUUUGAGCUUAUUAUAAACCUGCCUUGCGCACUCUGAGGUUGUGCAUGAGGUAAAGUGGAACAGGCUCAGCACUCCAGAGGAAUCAGAGAAAACCCCUACAUGGUGAACUGAUGCUGCUGCCCUAUCAGCGACUUUUUGUACAGUCAUUUUUCUAGUGCAGGAUUUAGAGUAUUUUGUGUGAUACUUAUACAGUAACAUUGAUCUCAGCCAAAAAAAAAAAAAUUCAAAUUAGGGACUUACAGUAAAUGUCAAGCAGGACAUUGUGUCAGAUAUUGAGUCAUGUGUUGCUGUGUUAUCUGUAUAUAAAAUCUUAUGUUUACAUUUAAAUCUGUCUACUGGAUACAUCAAACAGAGUUUUUCCUAUCCCAUUGUCUUUCUUCGCUUGCCUUACCAGAAUAGAAAUACUAGGGCUCUUUUAUAAAUGGUCAUUACUGAAUAUCAUUUCAUAGCAGCAUAUUUGAACUGUAUAGAGAUUAUACUGUCAUUCUAUAGGGAUAUUACAUUGUCAUAUAGGUCCAUUUCUGAUGGAAUUAAGAAUAAAAUGUUGUACUAGA